AGUUUGGUAGUGAACGGUGAUAUAUCAACUCAAAAAUGAUAUUUUUUGUAUAUUUUUUCUCUGUUUUCUUUUGUUUUGUUGCGGCGAAGAAUGAGGAGUAUAAAGGAUACAAAGUUUACAAUAUAGCCAUAGAAUCGCAAAGUCACCAAGACCGCAUCAUUUCUUUGAAGAAUGAUCUGCUGGAUUUCUGGAGACUGCCGAACUUUGAGCAUAACACAACAGGGAAGGUCAUGGUGCCUCCUUCUCAUUUCGACUGGUUUGAAGAUCAGCUGACAGCAAUUGGGGUGGAAAAGGAUGUCCACAUUGAAGAUGUUCACGAACACCUCAUGAAAGCAGAGAACACGAUAAAUUAUGUUCGAUCCGAUACAGACUAUGUCGGUGAUUAUGAUGAUGAUAAUUCUGGUGAUGGUAAUAUUGAAAUUGAUGAUAACCAACCCGAAACACCGUUCGAUAUCAAAGCUUAUCAGCGAUAUGACGAUAUUCUUAAAUACCUAGAUUCGCUGGAAGAAAAAUACAAAGGCAGUGCUGUGAAAUUCGACGUCAUACAAUAUGGAAUCACAGAACAGAAUAGAAAAUUGGUUUAUAUCAAAGUUACAAAUGCAGCUACAUCUACAUCACGAGCAACUGUUAAACCUAUUGUUGUGGUAGAAGCUGCUAUCAAUCCAAGAGACUGGAUCACUAUUCCUGCUGCCUUAAACGUUGUGGAUCAGAUUCUGGAAGAGAGUAAAUUUAUCAAAGAUCUUGAAUGGAUUAUUAUACCUGUUACGAAUCCUGAUGGAUAUGAAUAUUCUCAUACUAAUCUUCGCUUGUGGACAAAAUCAAGAAGCACAAGAAGCAACCUCGGCAUCAUCUGUCCCGGUGUCAACAUCAACAGGAAUUUCGACCUAGACUGGCUCCACUUCGACUCCAGCUCCAGCCCCUGCAGCCACCUGUACGCCGGCGUCGAAGCCUUCUCCGAAAUCGAAGCCCAAAUGAUCAAAGACAUCAUCCAAGAAAACAAAUCUAGAAUCAAACUUUACAUCUCCUUACAAAACAAUGGAGGAUACAUUUCUUACCCAUGGAAUUACGAAAGGGCAGCUAGUGGGAUGUUCAGACAACAUCAUCUUUUAGGCCUUGAGAUGGUUAAAAGUAUGAAAAAUCCUUACAAAUUGGGUGUAGGAUCCUCAAUCUUUGACCGGGCUUCUGGAACCAGUAGUGAUUAUGCUAGAGAGAAUGAUAUUCUUUAUACCUUCAAUAUAGAUGUGGCUCAGGGUGAUGAUGGUGUGGUUAUUCCUGAGACGGAUAUUGGGGAAAUAGUUGAUGAUGUUUGGAAAGCUAUUGCUGUAGCCGCUGAUGAAAUGAUUAAGCUGUAUGUCUGAACUAAAACUAGUAUAGGAAAUGUUCUUGAUAUUAUCUAGUAUUAGUCUUAUUUAAUAAAUCGUACAAUGUAUGAAUGAGUUUUAACGAUUUUAAAUAUAUUUCGUAAGAUAUUCAAUUAGGCAUUAUGGUAGUUUUAAAUUAAAUUAAUUAAACAAAGAAACAAC